GGCGGGCUGGGGGUGGGGAAGCAGAUAUUGAGACUUGCAUUGCAGAGCUCUGAGAGUCACCAGUGGAUGAGCUGACCACAUUUUGACUCCAAAAGGAAACUACUCACCUUAAGACUCACAGACCGACUUUUGAGCUGACAGGCUUACAGGCAGCCUGUGAUGCAGACCUGCUCAGAAGACACCCACCCCUUAUGGUUCUUUUGUGUCCUGGGAUUCACCAGCAUUCUCCUCGGUAUCUACAGCCCUGGGGCCAUGAGUUCUGAAACACAUGUAUCUGAAAUUAAGGAUUCUAGAGCCCCUGUUUUUCUGACAAGGAUCCAAGGAGAGUCUGUGUUGUUCAAUGUGAUUCAGGAGCCAGGAACUAAGCUGGAAGAGAUCUCAUGGAGCAUUGGGCCUGAAUCAAACUACAGAGUUAUGCUGGAAGUCAAAGGGCAAGUUAACAAACCAAAUUGGCUUAGCCUCCAAGACAAGUAUAUGCAGAGGGCACAUAUACUUAACAGGACGUCCCUAAGGAUCGAGAACCUGACCCAUGAUGACAGUGGGCAGUACCGGGCUCGAGUCAGAUUUCCUGGAGGAAAAGAAUUUAGCCAGGUUUUCUACCUCACUGUCUAUGAACCUGUGCCCCUUCCCCAGAUCCUAGUCAAGUCACAAUCUAUCACAUCAGACUGGUGCAACAUCACCCUGGAGUGCACACCCAUAAGAGCCACACAGGACCUGAAUGUGACCUGGAGAAGCAGUGGCCCACCCAGGGAGCUGGAUGAGACAAGCACACUGGAACCAGCCCUCAUCUCCUGGUCCCUGCCUAUGAAACUGCCCCUGACCCAGACCAACAUCAGCCUCGCCUGUGUAGUCAGCAACCCCGUGGACCAAAAAAAUGCCACCACAAACCUUGGAGAAGUCUGUGACCAUCCAGAUUCGCAUGGACAGACUGCUGUUGGCCCCCUGCGAGGCAUUGCACGUGCAGUCGUGCCUGUACUGUUGACUGUGGGAGCUGGACUGUACUUCUUGAUGACUUGUGGGAAGAAGAAGGAGAAGAUGGAGACCAGAAGAGGUGCAGGAUUGGAGGAGCACCAUCAAGACCAUAAUGAUGACAUCUACUAUGCAGAGCUGACAGAACAAGAAUCUCAGGAGGGCAGGGACAAGGGUAUUAGUGAACAACAUCUGGAAGAAAAGGAGCUUCUCAAUAGCAUCUAUGAUGAGGUCCAUAAGCCAGGCCAGGCCAGGCCUUGAAGAUGGGAAGAGGCAGGAAAAUUCAGCCCACCUCAAACACCUCUGUUCUGGGCAUGAUACCUACAGAAACCUGCAUCUUCCAGCUUUGGUCCAGUUCCAGCUGCCUCUGGGCUGUGUUAUUCUGUCCCUUGCACCUUUAGCACCCUGGUCACACAUGGCCCUGUCACUUCCUCUGACACCUCCCCAAACAGCACUUCCAUUCAGAGUCUUCAUUCCUGCUGGAUGAACACUCUUCUUCUGUCAUUGACUCAGCUCCUGGCCCCUCUCCUCCUGAAAUUUCCCAGAGAGGAUCCCCUGACUGUACACAUGUUAACAAUAUCCAUGUUUUCUGCUGUGUCACUGCUAUGUGUCUUUCUGAGAACACAAGCCCAGUCAUGGGGACUAUGUUGAAGUGUUGACUGUGCCAAGAGGAGUGUUUUGGGACCUGGGUGCUGGAUGCAGAAUGAAGAUAGAUGGAGACAUCAUGGGUAAGAGGGAGCUCACAAAGAAAUUAGCCCAAGGCUUCUCUUGUAGGGCUCCAUUGGGGUGUCAUGCAUUCAUUAUGUGCAUGUGUGUAUGGUGGGGGGAGUGUCUAGAGGUCAUUGUACACUUGGACCACGGCCCUCUUUCCUGGCCACCUGGGAUAACUUGGACCUCGACUGCAGUCUCAGCCCAUGGACUCCAAACCCUCAAGAAACUCCUGUGGAGUGGGGAAUGGAAUUUAUAUUACCUCAAGCCCCUCCCAGAUUUCUGUUUCCAAGAGAAAAACCUAGAGAAGCCAAAGUUGGGGGUAGUCCUCCUCUGGAAACAGCCCCAGCUCUCUUACUGUCUGAAUAGGGGAAAUUAGAAUGGAUAGGCAGUAUCCUCCCCACCCCCACUGAUGGGGCUGCUAUAGGGUCUGAUGUGUGGGGCUUACAGGAAGGUCUGACCCAGCAAGGUGACUUUCCAGGAAGGUGACUGGAAACUUCAUCUAAUUUAUCACUUAGCUUUCAGCAAGUUCUUCUUAUGUUGGAUAUAGCAAAACAAUAAUAAAAUGAGAAAAAUCUCUAAGAGAAUGUAAUAUGUAAUCAAAAUCUAUUCAAUGUAAAAUUCUUCAUGAAAUAGAUAAUUUCUAGAAAAAAUAUGUAUUGCUGAAAUUGAUUUACAUGUCCGUACAACCUCAAAAAAUCGACAUAGAAAAUGUAAAACAUAUAGGUAUUUUCUUCUUCAAGGUUGUAAGAGACAAAUGCUGUUUCUGGUGGAUUUCUUAAAUCUUUAAAGACCAGAUAAUUUGCCCUGGACAGGUAGUUCAGUUGGUUGGAACAUUGUCACAUGCACCAAAGAGUUGUGGAUUUGAUUCCCAGUCAGGGCAUAUGCCUAGGGUGCAGGUUUUAUUCUCGACAGGUUAUAUACGGGAGACAACUGAUAGAUGUUUUCCUCUCACAUCAAUGUCUCUAUCUCUCUCCCUUCUCUCUACCUAAAAUCAAUGAACAUAUCCUCAGAUGAGGAUUUAAAAAAUGUUUUUUUCAUUAAGAAUAGAUAAUUUUGUGUUAACAAAUGUUUUAAAUGUGACAAAAGGUAUAAAUCAUUUACUUAUGAUUCUGAAAAUAUGUCAAAGCACAAUAAAAAAAAUAAAGUCCCAACCUAGUCACUAAGGUUGUGUGGGCACCA